AUGUUUUUAAGCUAUUCAAGAAUGAAAAUUUGCUUACAUAACUUGUACUUUGUACUCAUUUUAAUGGUGUUUACUCUGAUCAACUGCAGAGGCUUGCACGUCCAUGAUUUGAACAGCAAGUCGUACCGUCACGAUGAAUUAAGGGGAUGGAAGCACCCCGAGUUCCGUAGAGGUCUUUAUAUGGAUAGAACGCAUGUCCCUGUGUACGGCGGUAGAGGGAUAAUAACACUAGAAGAUCUGAAGAGACCAAAUGUCCCGGUAAUAGUUCCUUACGAAGUGACACCAAAGCAGGUAUUAACACUCCUACGUCAUUAA